GAAAUACCGGCCCCAACCGUGCCCAAGAGGCUCGCGCAGCAGAUGCGGCGGCGAUGCCACCACCACCACCACAAAAUUUGGCAGCAGUGCAACCAGAAGGAACAGGGGAACAACAGGGAGGAGCGGCGGUCCAAGGAGGAGCACCGCCGCGAGCAGCGGUUCAGGUCCCCGACCAACCGGUGGUAAUGACCAGGCAGGAGAUGCAACAAAUGGUGGCGGAGGCAGCUGCCCAGGCGGUUCAACAAGUUACGAACAGUCUCUCUCGGGCUACGACUGCGCCGAAUACUGUUGCAGGGUCACGACAAAACGCGGAGGAGGAUGAGUCCAGUUAUGGUGGAGGCGGGCCCACGCACGACCGGGAGAUGGAGAGGAUGGCAGAACAGCUGCGCCAAUUGCAGGCUAAGGUGGAUGGUCGAGCGGAGAGGCGGGCUCGAGGACAUCCCUUCUCGGCAGACAUACUGGCAGCGCCUUUGCCAAAUAACUACAAGGAUACCAACUUGGUGUUCGAUGGGACCUCUGAUCCGUCGAGACACGUAAGGAUGUUUGAAAAUAUGGCUGUGUUGCAUGGAUAUACUGAUCCCGUUAGUUGCAGGGCUUUCUUAUCAACCCUUAGGGGAGGGGCGCUCGACUGGUUCCAACAGCUCCGCCCAGGCUCGAUAGUGGACUUUGGGGAUUUUGCGGAGAAGUUGACAAAUCAAAAUUCGAGCGCGAUGGCUCAGGAGAAAACGUAUUUGACAUUGAUGGCGAUGAGACAGGGCGAGAAAGAGUCACUGCGCAAGUAUGUUGCUCGAUAUAAUCAGGCCUGUUUGGAGAUUCCAUCAGCGGUUGACGAGGUCAAGGCGGGAGGACUGAUAAGGAGUUUGCGGGCAGGACCAUGUCGGACUUCUCUAACUAAGACCCCUGCUCACACGUAUGAUGAAGUAUUGAAGAGAUGCAGGAAAUAUAUCAAUCUCGAGGAGACUGAGGCGGAGUUUGCCAAGCUGGAGGAGUUAGGUCGAGGGGAGUCGGGGAAGGAGAAAACAGUCUCGCCCAAAAGGAAAGCCUCACCCAGGAGGGAGGGGCGAGCUAGACAAGACCGAGGGCGAGAGGAUAGGUGGAAGGACCGACCCAUUUCGGGAGGGAAAAGAUUCCAUGAUUACACCCCAUUGAACGCAAAGAUAGCCGAG